AUGGCAAACUCCACCUCCAACUCCAGCGGCGACCUCAAGCUCGAGGUCGCGCACAAGGAGGCGACAGCUACAGGCACCGGCGAGUUUGGUGGCUUCGAGUACCAGCUCGCGGACGCCAUCUCGUACGAGCAGGCCGAGCAUGACAUGACUGUAUGGGGCGCUAUUAAGACGUACCCCGGCGCUAUUUGCUGGACGUUCAUCAUCGCCAUGACGAUUAUCAUGGAGGGAUACGACCUCGCGCUCGUGGGCAACCUUAUCGCCCAGCCAGCGUUCCAAAAGAAAUUCGGCCACUUCGUCUCCGAGUCAGCAGGCUACCAGGUCCCCGCGUCGUGGCAGUCUGGCCUCGCGCAGGCAGCGAACAUGGGCUCCAUGGUGGGCAUCUUCAUCGCUGCCCCCUGUGCCGACAGGUGGGGAUACAAGAAGACGACGCUCGGCGGCCUCGUGGCCAUGAACGCCCUCAUCUUCAUCAUGUUCUUUGCCGAAAGCCUCCCUGUCCUCCUGGCGGGCCAGUUCCUCUGCGCGCUGCCAUGGGGUGCGUUCGUCGCUUGUGCGCCUGCCUACGCUUCUGAGGUCGCGCCUCUCCGCCUGCGUAACAUCCUCACGCUUUACAUCCAGUUCUGCUGGACUGCUGGCCAGUUUUCUAAGUGGGCCUACAAGAUCCCCAUGGCGAUCCAGUGGGCCUGGCCCGGCCCGCUGCUGCUCAUCCUGAUCUUCGCGCCCGAGUCCCCAUGGUGGCUGACCCGCAAGCGCCGCUUCGCCGAGGCCGAGAAGUCUGCCGAGCGCCUGGGUGGUAAGCAGCGCCCCGUCAACGAGCACAUGGCAUACAUGAUGCGCACGAUCGCGACCGAGGAGGCGGCUGAGAACGGUGUCAAGAUCCUCGACCUGUUCAAGGGCGUCGACCUGCGCCGCACGCUUAUCGUGUGUCUUAUCCACGCGUCGGCCUACUACACCGGUCUCGUGCUCGGCCUCCAGUCAACCUACUUCUUCCAGCAGGCCGGUCUGAGCACCAACUCGUCGUUCGCGCUCAGCAUGGGUAACUUUGGGCUGCAGGUCUUCGCUGUGCUGCUCUCGCUUGUCCUCACGACGUACGUUGGCCGCAGGACAAUCUGGCUCGCGGGCACGGGCUUCAACACCAUCAUGCUCUUCGUCAUUGCCAUCAUCAACACUGUCGCCAAGAAGGACAACGCGGGCGCGAGCUGGGGCCAGGCGGUCCUCUGCAUCUUUGUGUUCUUCAGCUACGGCCUCUGCCUGGGCCCCAUUAUCUGGGUCACGAUCGCCGAGACCUCGUCUAUCCGCCUGCGCUCGCUGUCGGUCGGUCUCUCGCGUGUCGCGUACUACAUCCUCUCGAUCCCAGCCAUCAUUCUCAACAACUACAUGCUCAACCCCGACGCGUGGAACCUGUCCGGCAAGUGCGGCUACUUCUGGGGCGGCACCUGCGCCAUGCUCUUCAUCGUGUCGUACCUCGGCCUCCCAGAGCUCAAGGACAGGUCGUACCGCGAGAUCGAUAUUCUCUUCCACCGCAAGGUGUCGUCGCGCAAGUUUGCCAGCACCAAGCUCGAGAUCACCGAUGACGAGUAA